AUGGAAGAAGUCAGACUCUCUUCAACACAAUUUGAAGGAUAUCAUUUGGCAAUGAGCCUGUAUAAGGUGACUGAUGAAGCAAAUGCAGUGAAAGUCCAAGAGCAGCUUCAGAAGGCUGUAGCUGAGCAUAAGGAUAGUUUCUGAAUUAUUAAUCCUGAAUUUGUAGUCACAGUGCUUCAAGUCUCUCUUGGGGUACAUAAAGCACUGCAUCACUUGAAACACAACAAGAUGCGAACUGAGAGUUUGAAUACUGAAAUCUUGUAUAAUCUGCACCCAGCUCAUACAAUCACAAAAUGUCUUGACACAAUGGGAUUAAAGAGCAUUAAGAAGGGGUUCCUAGCAGUGAUUAUCUCUAAGGAAGGACAAGAUGCACCCCUGAUACCAGACCUCGAACAUGUUGAAAGGCAGGACAUCAAUGACCUCUCAGACUACACAGAUGUCGUCAAGAUGAAGGAGCUUUAUGACAUCCCUGACGAAGUCAUGGAGUUCGAAAGAGGAUUCUCAAGCGAGGUAUACAGCACAUUGGCUUUGAAGAAUAACUAGAUGUUUCAAUAUGUGCAGAUG